AUGCCUGUGGGGGAGGAAUUUGAGAGGGAAAAGACGGAGCAUGAGGCCGGCCAGUCAGGCUACAAGGACUACCUGAUGCUGAGGAUCCUGGUGGAGAGCCAAGGCCGACUCGCCUGUUUAGUUGGGGACAUCUAUCCGGACAGUUCUCCACUGAGGAAAUUUAAAAUCUACAGCCUGGAGAUGCAGGGUAAAUUCAUACAAAGGGACCUUCCCAACAUCUGGAAACAGACCUUCUUCCAGCCUCAGGGCCCUGCCUUCUUCCUUACUCUCCUGAGAGUCGGAAGUCACCCCAAAGACACCUUCAUGAACAUGAAGGCAUUUGCGCCCAGAGGCGGUUCGACACUCUCGGUCCGAUGCGGGGCUGCUGUUCCCGCCGCCCAGAGCCCGACUCUCCGCCUCCGUCCCCUGCGUCCCGGGCGGCGCGCGCCUGAGACCGUCCCCGCGUCCCCGCAGCGCGCACCUGAGCCGGCCCGCGUCCCCGCGUCCCCGCAGCGCGCACCUGAGCCGGCCCGCGUCCCCGCGUCCCCGCGCGGCGUCUGGGCAGCGGAGAGGCGGCGGGAGCAGCGCGGGACGUCGGCUCCUCGGCCUAGCGAUCUGCCCAAGACUCUCCUCAUCACCCGCCCCCCCCAAGCCUUCUCUCCUCCAGUGCUGUUCCUGCCCCCCCUGCUGGGGGUCUGUCCGUCACCUCCGAUGGAAGAAAGUCAGGGUGUGGGUGCUGAGAAGGCGCUCCUCCUGCCGGUCACCGAGUCCUUCCCGAACCUGGUGGAUAAUGAGGUGGGCAGUGGGACCGCCCCGGUGGCCCAGGACCCUGGGUGGACCCGGGUGGAGCGCAGAGACCCGCCCGAGUCCCCCUGUCUCUCCUGGAGAAGAGUCCUGUGCAUCUUUUUCCUGCCAUUUAUUUCAUCAGGUUUUGCUCCUCGGGUGAAACACAGAGAUAACGUUGUAUGUGAAAACGACCAGCUGAAGCUAGACCAGCGCAGCUUUAACUGGUCGCAUCUGACCCCGCUCAAGCUGAAGGACCGCUCGGUGGGGCUUCAGACUGAAGAGAGAGCAGGAAGGAACCCGUACUUCACGCUGGAGGGUCAUGAGUUCCUCAUCUUCGGGGGCUCCAUCCACUACUUCCGGGUGCCCAGGGUCUACUGGAGGGACCGGCUGCUCAAGCUGAGAGCCUGCGGCUUCAACACCGUCACCACCUACGUUCCGUGGAACCUGCACGAGCCGGAAAGAGGCAGAUUCGACUUCUCCGGGAACCUGGACCUGGAGGCCUUCGUCCUGUUGGCCGCGGAGGUGGGGCUGUGGGUGAUCCUGCGUCCGGGCCCCUACAUCUGCAGUGAGAUGGACCUCGGGGGCCUGCCCAGCCGGUUACUGCAAGACCCCGCGUCGCAGCUGAGGACCACCAACCACAGCUUUGUGGAGGCUAUUAACAAGUACUUCGAUCACCUGAUUGCCAGAGUGGUUCCGCUGCAGUACCGCAAGGGAGGGCCCGUCAUCGCGGUGCAGGUGGAGAAUGAGUACGGCUCCUUCUACAAGGACAAGGCUUACAUGCCCUACCUUCACCAGGCCCUGCUGCGGAGAGGGAUUGUGGAGCUGCUCUUGACCGCAGACAAUGCAGAUGCAGUAGCGAGAGGCCACAUAAAAGGAGUGCUGGCCACCAUCAACAUAAAGACAUUUAACGAGGACUCGUUGAAGCAUCUUUAUAAGGUGCAGAGCAAUAAGCCCAUUUUGAUCAUGGAAUACUGGGUCGGCUGGUUCGACACGUGGGGAAAUGAACACAUGGUGAGAAAUGCGGAAGAGAUUAAAAGCAGUGUGUCUGAAUUUAUCAGAUUGGGGAUCUCCUUCAACGUGUACAUGUUCCACGGGGGAACCAACUUCGGUUUCAUGAACGGGGCCACACAUAUUGACAGGCACAGAGGCGUUGUCACGAGCUAUGACUACGACGCGCUGCUGACAGAGGCUGGGGACUACACAGACAAGUACUUCAAGCUCCAAGAGCUCUUUAAAUACAUCCUCGUCACCCCUCUGCCCCUCUUACCGGAGCCCACUCCCAAGACUGUGUACCCCUCCGUGGACCCAUCCCUUUACUUGUCAUUGUGGGAUGCCCUGCAGUACUUGAAUCGGCCGGUCAUCUCUAACAUUCCACUCAACAUGGAGAACCUGCCCAUCAACAACGGCAACGGCCAGUCCUAUGGGCUCGUGCUUUAUGAGACGACCAUCUGCUCCGGGGGCCGGCUCCACGCUGACGCGCGGGACAUGGCUCAGGUGUUUUUGAAUGAGACAAGUUUCGGAAUUCUGGCUGAUGGUUUUCAGAACAUAGACAUUCCUAAAAUCACGGAAUGUCAACUUCUAAGGAUCCUGGUAGAGAAUCAAGGACGCAUCAGUUUUUCAUGGAAAAUUCAAAAUCAGCAGAAAGGAUUAAUUGGACCUGUUACUCUGAAUAACAUUCCCCUGCAGAGUUUCACCAUCUAUUCUCUAGAAUUAAAAAUGAGCUUCUUCGAGAGGCUCCGCUCUGUCUCCUGGAAGCCUGUCCCGACUCACUCCCUGGGCCCUGCCUUCUACCUGGGCACCUUGAAGGCGGGCUCUUCUCCCCAGGACACCUUCCUGACGCUCCCGGGCUGGCAUUAUGGAUUUGUGUUCAUCAAUGGGCGUAACCUUGGGCGAUAUUGGAACAUUGGGCCUCAGGAGACCCUUUACCUUCCUGGUGCCUGGCUCCAGCCAGGGGACAAUGAGAUCAUCGUGUUUGAGAAGAAUAAGCGUGGGCCAUACAUCCACACCACAGACAACCCCAGGUGGUAGGACUGGGUUCUGACACCCUUCUUGGCUUGUUGGAGUUCAUCCACAGGCAGUUUUUCAGGAGGAAGGUUUACAUCAAGAAUAUCAAAUACACACUCUGUGUGUUAUAUAUGAACGAUGUCAAGAGAGUAAAUCCUGAGUUCUCAUCACAAAGAAAAAACCUUUUUUUCUAUUUCUUUAAUUUUGUACUAUACGAGGUGAUGGAGGUUCACUAAACUCAUUUUGGUCAUUAUUUCAUGACAUAUGUAAGUGAAAUCAUUAUGGUGCACACCUUAAAUGUAUACAGUGCUGGUGUCAAUCAUAUCUCAAUAAAACUGGAAGGAAUAAAAGAUGUAAGGGACAAGGGCCCAUGUCCCUCCAGAACCCCAGUGCCUGAAUGAAGGCAGAAUUAAGUCUUGUCCACCAGUGUGUCCCCAGCACCCAGCACAGAGCACGAGCUCAGUAAGGCGUCCUGAACAAUUUAACCACCUGUCCGCCCGGCGUAGAAGGACGUGACAGCAUUUCAGGGGAGGGACACGGGUGAGGGUCAAAUGGUCUCGUAUGUUCUGAGAAUCACAAAUAACCUGUUACAAGGUUCACGUCAGGACAACUUUUCCCCUCAAAGCAUGUCACUGUCACCCUGUUCCUUCCUCAGCAGGUUCAAGAAACUAAACCAUUCACAGUUUGUACAUCCUAUGUUGCUACUAUUAUCUGUAAAGUGUGGUAUUAAAGCUUUAAUGGCACCAAAAUGGAGGAGAAACAUUUAAAUUCAUUACUCAUCUAUCACGCUGUUGAACUUC